AUGUAUCAGGACUUGAAAGAGUGUUUUUGGUGGAAUGAUAUGAAAAGAGAAAUUGCCAAAUUUGUAGAACGAUACCUAAUUUGCCAACAGGUAAAGGCGAAACAUCAGAGACUAGCAGGAUUGUUGCAAUCACUUCAGAUUCCAGAAUGGAAGCGAGAGUAUAUCUGUAUGAACUUUGUGACAGGCCUACCAAGGACUUUGAGUAGGCCAGAUGCAAUAUGGGUGAUUAUGGAUUGCUUGAUGAAGACUACUCGCUUCGUGCCCAUUAAAGUUUCCUAUAAGAUGGAAAAACUAGAUGAGCUAUAUGUGAAGGAGAUAGUGAGAUUGUAUAAGGUACUGGUAUCCAUCGUGUCGGAUAGAGAUCCUCGCUUCACUUCAAAGUUUUGGCGAUGCCUACAGGAGGCCAUGGACACUAGGUUAAAUUUCAAUACUACCUUUCACCCCUAG